UUUACAAUAUUCAUAAUGCCACCAAAAAAGCAAGCAAUUAGUACUGAUCAAGAAGUUUUAUUAAUUGAUGCUGUAAAAAAUAGACCGCAUUUGUGGGAUGUUUCUCAUCCAAUGUACAAGCGAACAGACUUGAAAGAAACUCUGUGGCAAGAGGUAGCAGAUAUCGUAGGUCCACAUGCAACAGCUGAAAUAGUUCGUGAAAGAUUUAUCAAUAUGAGAACUACGUUUAUGAAUAACGAAAAAAAAAUAAGGGAGUCAAAACAAAGAUGCAGUGGAAAAGGUACUGAUGAGAUCUACAAACCUAUGUGGCCAUUCUACACAAGUCUUCUUAAAGAAAGCCUGUGUACAAAUGGAAAGUUCAUCAAAUCUUGAUGUACUUGUAGACAAUCAAGCUGAUAGCGAAGAAAGAAACAAUAAUCUUGUAAAUUCAAUUAAAAGCAAUAUGUAUUUUGAUACAAAUUUAGAGAAAUGGGUAUUGAUACCA